AGCUUCGCGGAAGCUGCCAUGGCUUCCCUCUUUCUCUCCCCAUUUAAGACCUUCCUUCCUCGCUCUUUCCUCUCAAACCAGAAGAAACAAAAACCAAAUCUCUUCUCCUCUUUCUAUCUCUCUCUCUUAUCUUCUCCGAUUUCCUCGUAGCUAUGAAGCUCGCCGCAAGCCUCAACCGCCUGAGCCCCAAACGUCUCUUCCGAUCCAAAUCCAAAGCUUCCGUCUCCAGAUCCGAACCUUCCUCCUUCAGCUCCGGCGCUUCUUCCUCUUCCUCCUCCGACGGAUCUUACGCUAAUCUCAAGCCAGGUCCCGCCGCCACUCCAGUCAGUGUUCUCCCCGAAAACUCCGGCGAUUGGUCCCAGAUCUCAGGAGAUCGCGAUUUUUACUCUGAUUUGAUUCAGGCGUUCAAAUUGAUCGAUCGCGACGACGACGGUGUCGUUUCGAGGGGAGAUCUAGCGGCGCUGCUUAGCAGGCUGAGUCCUGACCCGCCGAGUCAAGAGGAAGUGAGUCUGAUGCUCAGAGAAGUCGACGGAGGAGAAGAAAGCGGUUGUAUCAGUCUCGAAGAGCUUGCUAGCCGCGUCGCCGGAUCUUCCUCCGGUGAAGGAUCCGUCGAGACGGAGGAGAUGAGGGAGGUGUUUGAGUUUUUCGACGCGGAUCGCGACGGGAAAAUAUCGGCGGAGGAGCUAUACAGAGUGUUUGGAGUCAUCGGAGACGAGAGGUGCACGAUAGAUGAGUGUCGGCGUAUGAUAGCGACCGUUGGUAGGAACGGAGACGGUUUUGUUUGCUUCGAGGACUUUUCACGCAUGAUGGAGCUUCAGGCUCCUGCGAGAUGAAUCAUCAUAUCAUUUGAUUCAUGUAAUAAUCAUGUUUUGAUUGAUGAUAAUGACAUCGCCAUGCACUUUUUUUUUUUUUAUAUACAAAUUAUUUUAUAUAAGUGGUACUGUAAUUUUUCUAUUUUGCGGUGGGUAUUAAUUUCGUCACGUCAAGCACUUAAAUUUGUUUACCGCCGGUUUAAAAAACCAGAUGUCUCUUUAAUAUCGGUUAUUUAAAACUCAUUUGAGCAA